AUGGAAACAAAUGUGAAAAAAUCAACAAUGCACCGUUUACUGAUUAUUCUGAUAAAUGCUAUUUUUCUUUCCGUUGUGACGGCCAAUAUGGAUAUGAAAUUUGGUUAUCAUAUUGUUGAAAAGAAAGCCAGAUAUUUUGAAAAUAUAGAAACAAAUCUAGAAAAGAAUACAGUAAAAAUUCACACUCCAGCACACAAUGAUGUUAUGGAAUCCUACCUUAUUCAAGAUUUCCGUCAGGGUCAGCAGAUGAAAUGUCUCCCUUCCUUAAGGCAAUGUAGACUGCGGGACAUAGACAUAAAAAAUGCAGUAGAUGCUGGACAAACUACAGAGGCUUUUAUUUACAGUUGGAACAAAGGUGAUAAAACCAUAAAUAAUGCAAACGAAAAAGUGGUCGUGGAAAUGUAUUUUGCUGAUUUCGAUGAAAUAAUUGAUAACAUUUCACUCAGAGGGGCUUUGCAAGAGUUUCAUGAAGAUUUUAAAUACCCUGUGUAUAAGGAAAAAAAGAUACCAGAUGAUUCUGAAGUAUUGAAUAUAACACGUUCUGCAGGUGGUCGUGUUAAAAGGCAAGUUUUGAUGAUCGAUGAAUCCUGCAAUGGACAGUGGCCAAAGACAGUGUAUGGUAUUGAUACAGGGAGAAGUUGCAAUCAUCUUAAAAUAUGCCAAUCAAGGCGAAGAAUAAAUGGACGGUGGAUACUGACUGAUUGUGGCAAUAUACAAAUAACUUCACCUAUGGUGUAUCGAUGCAUGUGUUGUCCUUGGACUACAUCCAUCAUUCUGGCAAGAAAUGACUGUGCAUGUGAUAGAACGAUGGAAUGGUAG